GCGUUUUCCUGCGCGCUGGUCCUACUGGUUCCCAAACUAGUCCUUUCACCCCCUCAAGUGCGCAGCUAGCCCAGGCAAGAUGUCUCCGGGUGUGGAAUACUACUGCCCAUGCCAGGCCUCCACCCCACACCCGCCACAGCCAAACCUCGCCUCAUCGUCUUACAGCUUUCAUGCGCUGCACAAUCUCUACUUCUGCGAGGAAUGCGACGCGAUACGAUGUAAUCACUGCGUGAUGGUCGAAGUCAGUGGCUACUAUUGCCCAAACUGUCUCUUUGAGGUGCCCAGCGCGAGCGUGCGGGCAGAGAAAACCCGGUAUCAAAGUUGCGCACGAAACUGCUUCAUGUGUCCAAGUUGCAGCAACACCUUGACUGUCGUGCCCUCGGAUCCUCCAGAUAACGGUGAUGAGCGUAUUCCUCCCACCAUCAAUGCUGCUGGGGAACCACCUUUCUUCUUGUACUGCAAUCAUUGUCGGUGGGACUCUGCAGAGGUUGGAAUAACGUUUGAAAAGCCAACGGGCCUUGCAGCUCAAUUGCAGAAGUUCGAAGACUCGGCGCCGGAGUCGCUAGAGUUCGAGAGACUAAAGGAACAUUUCGAGCCUUACUUACGUGCAUCACCAUCCACCUCCGGCAAUGGGUUGCAUACUCACAGCCCUCACAUGAACCCCAUAACAGCCGCCGCAUCGUCUGCCCUCGCACGCGAUAUCCCUGGUGUCGCCAGGUACAUGCCGCAUGCUCUAUCCCGCAGCCGGUCGGGACGUGACAAGAACGCAAACCGUCAAGAGGUGCCCGACUAUCGCGCUCGGGUGGAAAUAGGCGCAAUCACGACGGGUUAUGCCCUCGGAGGUGGUGCCGAGCCUGACGUCGAGUUCAUGAGGCAUCUCGAGACGGUCGAAGAGGUUGCGACGCUCGAUCAGAGGUGGGGGAACAGCUGGGUGACCUCACCGCGAAGCAUUGACCUAAAGCCCCUCCGUAUACCACUGCAUUCCAAGAAGUCAAAGCGUUGUCCAACAUGCCGGCACAUCCUCAUCAAACCCGAGCAGAAAGCCCAGUCUGUGCGCUACAAGAUCAAACUUGUCGCUGCGAACUACUUGCCCGCGAUCACCGUCAGCCUGCCACACAUGCAAGCCGCACUUGCGAUGCUCCGACGAUCAGGUCGCGCGAACGCCGAGCCGCAGGACGGGACGAUGCUCGCGGGGAAGACGUACCCGUUCCACCUCUCAUUCCAGAAUCCGCUGUACGACCCGAUCCAGGUGCGCUUGCACGUCCAGCGUGCGAUCCCGCCGACGCAGCCGAACGCACCUGAGACCGAGAAGGCGCGGCGGCCGCCGUUCGCGAUCACGCUCCCAACGCAAGCGUUCCCAAUCGCGGCGUUUGCGGAGGCAUGGGAGUACGACGACGACGAGGAUAUGUUCGGGCUCGAGGGCGAGGGCGAGGGCGAGGACGAGGACUUUGACGCCCAUGGACCCAAAGAUUCUCGCGGCAAGUCACGCACCGUUGGUGUGCUCGAGCGGCGCGCAAACGUGACCAUGAUUGGAGGCGAGGUGAUGAUUUCGAAGGAGGCGCGGGGCGACAUGAAGUUCAACAUGCUCGUAAGCUACACGUAUCGGUCGGACGACCCCGAGCCCGAAGAACCUAGCACGCCAUCCCGCUCGCAGGCUCAGCACAAGCAGCCGGAAAUGAAGACAUUCUCAUUCUAUACUGUCGUAGAUUUGGGCACUAUCAUCGUGCGCGACACGUCUAGCGUCGACCUAGACUCGUGAUACCCUCACAACUUCUGACAUACCUCAUCUUAUGUAUACACCACGUAAUUCCAGAACUCAAGUGAGCUUGAGAAUAUGGUGGGGAAGGCUCGAUUGACAAGGUCGUUUUACACACAGUGCAUCGUACGUAGCGUGGCACACUUUGGCAGAUAGCCCGCCAGCGUAGCGUGGUACACUUUGGCAGAUAGCCCG